GACGUAAUCACCCAUCAUCAAUCAAGCCAUUGACAUUCUCUUCGUUUCUUUCUUUCUUUCCUUUUUACUUUGCACUGUUUUUCAAAAACUAAUUCUUUAACGGCAAUAUGACGUUUCGAAAUGGAUCGCUGCCGUUCCUGUAUUCGGAGGAAAGUAGCUUGACAAUAAACCAGCCGCAAAAGAACUGACCAAAAUCAAUUUCAUGACGCCGGCGUGGAGGACUCCGGUUGUAGACAGCGGCGACGGGCGUACAGAAGGAUGGAGAGUUUUCAGGUUCUGCUGGAUCUUCUUUUUCCGCUCAUGUCUCAUUUUAUUGCAGUAUUUGAAAAGGAAGGAAAUUUUCGGUUCGAAAGAAAAAUUUGAACUCCAUAAAAAAGGAGAGAAGGUGGAAAAAGAAAAGUUUAUACUGGUACAGUAUUAGCUUACACGUCCUUUUCACGGCGUUUCUGGCAAGGAAGUUUCUUCGAUUUUGACUAUGUCAAUUUCUUAACGACUAAUUAAACUUCAUUAACAGCACGAUUAAUUUAAUAUUUUUUAAUUUAACUUAAAUUACUAAUAACCUUCACUCUCUUCUUCAAAGACUAUUUAAUUUUGAUUGUUCUUUAACUUUCUUUUCUUGUUCUCACGGCGGAGAGAUCCCCGGUCACAGCAGAGGUUAAAUCAACAUGAGCGGUUCACAUGUUAUCAGUCUUGGUGGAUAUGAGGAGGAGGUUUCUAGUUUGAAUCCAAGCUCAAGCAGAUCAUCGCAAAGAAAUUUAAGCCUUUUUCUUAUCUUCUCCAUUUCUUCAUGGACAGCAUCAUGAGCGGCAACCAAGCAUCUCAUGAUGAAAUUAUACUGAUUGAUGAGCAGGGCAAUUCUCAAGAUGCUUCUGCCAUAGCAAUAGGAUUGCCUGGAGAUGAGGAGAGAUUGUCUGUAGUAGCCCAUCAGGCUGAGUUGACAUCUAGUACCUUUGCCAUUGAAAAUAAUGGCCAUGGCUCUAGAACUCCAGUGACUCCAGUGGCUCCCGAUGGACUACUAGCAAUACUUAACGAGACUGGGAUAGAUUUGAAAAGUAUGAAUCUUGCUUCUGCCAAUGUAUCUGGCAGUUUGUUAACAGGUUGGCAUGGUGAAGAUCUAUCACAAAAUCGAAAAAUUCUACUAGUCGUCUCAGCAUUGAGUAUUAUUGUUGGCUUUGGUUCUGCAUUUAUCCGUACCUUGAUGUCCAGACAAGACACAGGGCUUGCUAGUUGGAUAUUGACUAGACUUGCAUUUGCUGGAGCUGCUGUUGGUUUUAUAACAUCCAUGAGUAUGUUCUUGGAUGAUCCGCUAAACUUGUGGGUCAGCCUUGUUGCUUGUGCAAUUUGCUUAUACUCUUUGCUGAAGGUUUAAUGGUGCAAAAUGUGCGGGUCAGCUUUGUUACUUUGGAAAUUUGCUACUACCCUUUUCUAAGGGUUUAGUUGGUUAUUAAUCUUGCCGACAAUUGCCUUAAUUGGUUGUUAGCAGAUGCUCUUCCGCCGACAAUUGCCUCAAUUGGUUGUCAGCAGAUGCUCUUCUUGCCAACAAUUGCCUUAAUUGGUUGUUAGCCUUGCUGACAAUUGCCUUCGUUGGUUGUUAGUGGAUUUU